ACCACAGCGUUAAGUUUUCGGAAAAUGGAGGGUAGAUUGCUUCCCGUGUUCACGUCGUUUAUGGUAAUGUUCUUGGAAAUGGGGGUUAUGAAAUCACUAGGUGUAUUGUUUAACCCAAUGCUGGGAUCUUUGGAGUGUACGGCAGGCCAACUCGGAGUGGCAAUCGGACUCGGUAACAGCAUCGGAUACAUCAUUUCCCCGAUCACAGUCAACUUAUCCAGAUGUUACGGGACCCGUGUGUGCAUGAUGAUAGGUAGCGUGUUUCUCUUAGUCGGAUACCUCACUAGUGCAUUCGUUACGAAUGUGUUCCAGUUAUCAGUCACCAUAGGAAUAACCACAGGAGUGGGUAUGGGAAUGUCUAACAUACCACAGUUAGCCGUUCUGGUGGACACUUUCACAACGCAGUUUCCCCUGGUUUUCGGCAUAGCUUUAGUUGGUGGCUCACUGGGAGCUAUGGCUUGCCCCCCAAUGGUUGAUUUACUCAUUGGAGUCUACGGUUGGCGUGGUACUAUGAUGAUUAUUGCGGCUACAAUGUUCAGCGUGUCUGUGCUUGGGGCACUUCAGAAGCCACCAAGAAAGCCUUACUCAAAGUUAAAAGAAAACGGUGAGAAAAGCAAAAAGAGCCCUGGAUUUUGUGACCAAUUCGAAGGUGCUCUAUCCUGCGUCACUUCAUGGCUCUCGUUACACAUUUUCUUUGAGGAGCGAAGGGUGGUUCUUUAUCUAUGUGCCACUUUCCUGCUGGGCGUAACGACAGCGUCUUGGAUACUCUACCUGGUUCCUCACGCUGAAGCAAGAGGUAUAUCUCCCAGCGAUGCGGCCUUUUUGGCAACAGGGGGCGGUGUUGGAAACGUUCUCGCACGGGUGGUCAGCAUUCCUCUGCUUGCCCGGAAAAUAUUCAGCCCUCUUUUGAUGUUUGAGGUGACGUGCCUGGUUAACGCAGUGGCAAUGUUUCUAGAUAUCUUUGCUGGGAAAAUCUACACGGUUUUGCUGACCUUGGCUUCUGUGAACGGCGCCUGUAUUGGACUCCUUUACGUUCUUUUCUACUUGGUUGCAAAACAAAUCUACGAUGAACGCCAUCAUGCUGAUCUGUUGGUUUUGGGGAAUUGUUUCUUUGGAGUAGGGCAGACUAUAGGCACUUUUAUUGAAGGUUCUACGUACGAUUUGACGCAUAGUUACGACACUGCGUUCUUCGGGUUGGCAGCAGUGAGUGUAGUCAUGGUUUUAUUGACGUUUGCAGAUGGCGUAGCAUCGAGACGAAAAAAUACGGACAGCAAAGCAUCAAUAUCCAAAUGAUUAUAAGGAAUGAAAGCGAAUUAAUUGCUUUCGCGAGUUUGAGAGAGAAUUCACUUUUGCAUGACGUUAUAAGAUUUUAUAAGACAGGUACUAAUUUGAAAGGUGAAUCUUCUGGACAAGAACUCAGGAAAAAGGAAGUUUAAAUGGCAUUUUUCUGUGUAACCACUUUUGGCGGGAUUUUAUUUUGUUUGCUACUUGGGAGAGCCGUUAUUAGUCACCUGAAUUUAGUCUUGCCCUAGGUGGUUUGAAAAAUCUGAUUUAAAAAAAAAACUACAUGAAUUUACCCUGUCAUUUUCCCUUGUGGUUUAUUACUUGAUAUGGCAAUAUGUAUUAAAACUAGACAUCAAGUGUUUGUGACGCAACUUAUAAAUAUUGGUUUGUAUUUGUACCCAUAUUUA